UCUCUUCCCGAGCGCCGCCUACCGAUGACGUAUACAUUAAGCGACUGUCUCCGGGUUUGUGUAUCGGCUGCUAACUGAAGCUUUUCCUUUGUUGUUGUUUGCUUCUACAUCCCAUGUGGACUCAUUUUCAGAUCUGGAGGAGAGUCUCCACCUGGAGGAUGCUGCUGGGUGUCAGGCAGAUAAAGGGCUUUCUGUAGCACCUUUAUCCAUGCUCUAUGUGGUUCUAGGAACACAGCAGUGCAAAUCAAAAUAGUUGACAUGUAUUCAAGCUGCCAGAGAUAGACAUCAAGGUGUCUAGAAACGUAUAAUCAGAGAACAUGCUUAUUUUAUUUUUACUUUUAUGACUUUAGAGUUUUUAUGGCAUUCUGUGUAAAAUAGUAUUUUAAGAUUAUAACAUAUUGUAUUUCCUAAAAGGAAAAAAGAAAAUCCUUUUGGAGUGUCUGUUCAACCCCAGCCAUGUUAGAAUGCAGGGUUUAUAUGAAACUUUGAUCUGAAGUUCAUGGGGAGGGGGCUGCCAGUACCAGAAUUGGCCCACCAGGCAGUUCUGCUCUAAACCAGGUCUGAUCCAUGACUGAGUACUACGAGGAGGGGGGGCUGCUGUACGAGCAAUCACCUCCCAUGCACAUCAAAGUGGAGUCCCCGGAGGGAGCCUUUGGAGGGGCGGCCUCAGAGAACGGCUUCCCCAGGGAGGAUGAAGACUCGGAGAACAGCUGUGACCAGACCAGCGCCUUACCUGGAGGACUUCCCUUCAACGUGGUAGUGGUGCAUCCCAACAUCAUGGCGCCCGGCAUGUCCUCAGACGACCUCUUGUCCAUUGAACAAAACAGAGCCAUGUCAGCUGCGCUGGCUGCUGGAGGAGCAGGUAAAAGGAAGAGUCGUUUCAGUGGGGCAGAGCUGGAGGUUCUGGUGUCAGAAGUCACCCGGUGUGAAGGGGAGCUCUUUGGACCCGCUGGAAGACUCAGAAGGCGGGAGAGAGAGCGCAUCUGGGCGGGGAUCCUGGAGAGGGUCAACGCCGUGUCCAGAGUACCCCGUACCCUUCGAGAGGUGAAGAAGCGCUGGGACGACCUAAAGAGGCGCAACGGAGGCAGGCUUGCAGACGCCCGCCAUCGCAGCUGCUACCUGCCCUCCAGCAGAGGGGCCUCCAUGCUGGGGCGCUCCUCUCAGUCUAGUCCAAGGCUCCAACAGCAGAGGCAGAAGCAAAGCAUCAGACCAAAGCCCAUUUUCCCCUGCUUUCCAGACUCUGACCCAGGUGUAGGAAUGGAUGGCUCAGAGAGAGAUGGUUUGGAGAAAGAAGAGGAGAUUCCUGAGCGUGAGAAAGACAUGGGAGAUCCUGACUGUGACCCAGUGGAAAACAGUAUAGAUGAUAAACUGGGAUUGGGGCUGGGUCUGGGAAUAGGACCCCCACCCACGUCAGAAAGAUGGCUGCCUCCUUCUCCUCUCUACAGCGCUCCUUUCCUGAACGGAAGCCCCCAGCCCAGCAGCCCCCAGCCGUCACUUGGAACACAGCAGGGUCCUCUUGAGGCCCCCCCUCGCAGCUCCUGGCUUGAAGAUGAGCUCCGAGGUUUGGGAGAGGCGGCGAUUCAACUGGGGGAUCGGGUGGAGAAGAGCCUGCAGGAGUUUGGCGAAAGCUUCAGACAGGACAUGAGAACCCUUGUCGCAUCACAAGAAGCACUAGCAGUCAGUCUGCAGCAAAACAAUGUCCUCUUGCAAAGGCUUCUGGGAGUGCUGGAAGCCCAGCAGCAACCCCAGCCCCAGCAGCAUCGGGUGCAACCAGCACACCCCUCACAAACGCCUCAGCAGCAGCAGCAGCACUUACAGCCUCAGCAGCUACAGCACAUAGAACAACAUCAAACGCACCUACAGCAGCAACCGCAGGUCAGCCAGCACUCUAAUAACCUGCCAGCUGUAGCGGUGGCUUCGUCACCGUCAUCCCCAGAAAUACACCACACUUUCCCCCCCGAUCCAGCUGUAGAUAGGAGUGGAAAUCUGCACAGGCCACGGAGGGGGAGACCUCUGGAACAUAGGCGCAAGAGACGGCGCUGAGAAUGUAUUUAAAAACUGUUGAUGUUUGAAGAUGUGAUGCUCUUUUUACUUGCGGUACUUCUGUAAUAACUAAUAGUUAUAUCCUGUUUCAAAUCUCACUCCAUAGUGUACUUUGGUGUGUUUUGUUUUUUUCUGAAAGGACUGAAGCAGUUUGGUGAAGUGGACUCUAAAUAAUAGGGUGGCCUUAACAGAACCGUGGCUCCACACAAACGUGUGGAUAAAGCAGGUCUAAGACUUUUGAAAAAAGCGAAGUGAGAGGGAAAAAUGCGAACCAUAGCCUCUCAUGCUCAGAGCGCAUGUUCCUCAGCAAAGCUCAUUGAUUCUUUCGGGUUCAAUCCGUCUUAGUUUUCCUGACUAACUACAUCAUCAUAAAGUACUUGUGAUUUGCACUUGUUUCCAUAAAUUGUACUUUUGCAGCUGUUCUAAGUACCCUCUAAUGUAUGCUUGUGCUUUUUUUUUUUUUUACCAGGGGCGUGUUCUGUCCCCUCACUGGUUAGAAAAAAGGGAAGGGAAAUAAAAAAAAUAAAGAAAAAUCACAGAAGGAUCUGUGGCAGAUCUUAUUGUGAGAUUGGGUCUCCCUAGGCAUGGGCCGGUAUGAGGUUUCUCUUUGAGCAAAAUUCCAUGUUUACAAGUUUCACAGUAUCAGCAUGGAAACUUAAAAUGAGACAUAAUGCAAAUGUUUGAAUGAUAAUCAGGUCUCAAUUUGUUUUAUAGCAGGUUCUUUAAGGAGAGUAAAAGAUGGUUGUCUUCUUUUUUUUAUGACCAUUAAUAUCGUCGAACAAAGCAAAUCUCUUUCUUUUAAAGAGGACAACUUUAAAGAUCUUCCUUUAAACUCUCUGAGCUGCAGCUUAAGACACACAAAGGGGCUUUCAUCCCCAACUGGGUCAUCUAAACCCAGAUUAUUUUUAUUAGAAAAAUCUUAUUGCAUUGUGUUUUGUUUUUUUUCUAAACAAAAUCUAAAUAUAUGUACUUAUUUAUUUUUCAUAGGAAACAAGAUAUUUCUUAACAGGUGUACUGAGUACUCGGAUGCUGCAGUGCCAAAAGCAGCCCUGCAUCACAGUCUCUUACUUGUUCUUCCAUCUUAUUUUCAUUUGCGUUUUUAUUUUAUGUUUUUUUUUUAUUACUUUAAACCAAAUGAGCAGACUGGUAACCGGCCCAUGUCUAGUCACCACAUGCUUGUCCUGUUUUAAUAGUGACAUUAUAUUUCACUUAAGCUUUGGUUGAACAUUAAGCAAUGCUCUGAGUGCAUUUUGAGACAAAAUUGUUCUAUUUUAAAGAGUUUUUAAAAAAGAAUAUAUAUAUAUAUAUAUUUAAAAAAAAACAACGAACAAGUGUAAUCAUUACAAAUUGAUCCCGAUAUCAGCUUGUGUUUAUGAUGGACUUUUGAAGCAUUCCUUAGUAUCUAGCAGCUAUUGAUAAUCUUGCAUGCAGUAUCAUGGAUGUGUUUGUAAAUAGUACCAGGAAAGCAUUAUAUGGCUAUCAUCUAUGUAGUUUUGCACAAGUUAUAUUUUGUAGAUAGAUACUGUCAAAUGAAAUGUAACUAAACUUAAUAAAAUAUAACUAUGGGCUGCAAAAAACCAA